AUGCAGCAACAACAAUCUAUGCCUCAAGCGUCAUCUUCUCAACAAUUCAGACCACCAGUGCCUCAAGAAAAGCCAAAUGAGUUGCAAGCUACAUUGUUGACUCUGAAAAAUACCCAGACUCAGUUUAUGAAAGAGACUAGAUCUUCCAUCAGGAAUCUGGAGACACAUACGGGUCAAUUGGCUAGCAUGUUGAAUAAUAGGCCUCAGGGGAACUUGCCUAGCAAUACUGUGGCUAAUCCUAAGGAACAGUGUCAAGCGAUAACUUUAAGAAGUGGGAAAGAAUAUGAGGUCGAGCCACAAGCUGAGCAAAAGGUUACUGAAGACCUAGCAUCCCAUGAGAAGACUCAAUUGGUUAGCAAUGAUCCCGAUGUCAGAAUUUCAUAUCCACAAAGACUCCAGAAGACGACUCUUGAUAAACAGUUCUCCAAGUUUCUUGAUGUAUUUAAAAAGCUACACAUUAACAUUCCAUUUGGCGAAGCUUUGGAACAGAUGCCCAAUUACGUCAAAUUCAUGAAAGAAAUUUUGUCUAAGAAAUGGAGAAUGGAAGAUUAUGAAACAGUGGCACUCACUGAGGAGUGCAGGGCAAUACUACAAAGGAAGCUUCCUCAAAAGCUCCAAGAUCCAGGGAUAAUCUACCCAAUUUCUGAUAGUGAGUAG